CCUCCCCGUCCGCGGGCCUCUGCUGGCCCGCCGACGCCUCCGUCGUCGCCCCCGGCCGGUUGGCCGCCUGCCCUUCCGACGUAUUAGGCAUUGGACCGGCGGUCGCUCGACGGGUGACCGAGGCUGGCUUGAGGGGGGGGACGACGAGGAGGCGUUCGUCUCCUCUAGAGAUUAAAAGGACCGUCUCCGCGGAGAUGAGAGGAAAGAUGGAGGUGUAGUGGUAGUAAACACCUCACGCAGAGGAUGUUCGAAAAGGGACGACCAUGACGGAGAAGCUGGUGAUUAUCGACACGGACUGUGGCAUAGAUGACGCCCAGGCCAUAAUGAUGGCCCUGGCAGCUCCUGAUGUGGAGAUCCUGGGCCUGACGUGCGUGUUUGGAAACACAACGGUGGACAACGUUUGUCAGAACGUUCUGAGGGUGCUCUCCGUCUGUGAGCGUGAGGGGAUUCCAGUGUUUCGGGGCUCGGCUGGUCCUCUGGUUGGAGUUAGUAAUCCAACCAGCGACCACUUUGGAGGGGAUGGACUCGGGGAUGUGCUGGACGAUAAAGACCCCCGGUGGGAGGAGAAGAUCCAGAGAGAGCACGCGGUCAGCGUGAUGAUCAGACUGGCGUCCGAGCACCAGAAGCAGGUCUCCUUGGUGGCCCUCGGCCCGCUCACUAAUCUGGCACUGGCCCUCAGAAUGGAUCCAGGUUUCCCCCAAAAGCUCAAAGGCUUGUACAUAAUGGGGGGCAACAUGGAAGGAAAAGGGAAUGUGACACUCUGUGCGGAGUUUAACUUUGCCAAGGAUCCAGAGUCCGCUUAUGUCGUCCUGGAAGAAUUCCUCUGCCCUACUUACAUCGCGUCGUGGGAGUACGCCUGCAGAAAUUCCCUGCCAUGGGAGUUCUUCGAGGAGCUGACCAAUCAGGAUGCCCCGGCGGCACGUUUCAUGAAGAGGAUAACUUCUAAAUGCUGGGCCUACUCCAGCGAGGCUAUGGCGAGCAAGAGGGACGUGCACUUUGGGCCCGGCUUCGUCUCGUACGACGCCUACGCAAUGGCGGCGUUCAUCGACGGCAGCGUGCCGACGGAGAGCGUGGAGUGUGCGGUUCGGGUGGAGCUGCGGGGUUCCGUCACGUGCGGCAUGAUGGUGUUGGAUCGCACAAACUACCUGAAGAAGAGCCACACGGUGUCUGUGCUGACCAAAUGUGAUACGGCCAAGUUUAGUCGGCUCCUGAUGGAGUCCCUCAGGCAACCUCGUAACAAAGUUUGACGAUUUCAAAAUGAGUAUCAGUUGAUGGUGUGCCAAGGCACAAGAGCUUUUACUAACCAAUCAACAACAGAAAAAAAUAUGUAAACCAUGUAGAAAGAAUGGAAUAGUAGCAACUAUUUUUUAGACUAAAUAACCUCACAUGAAGAUUUUUUUCUUAGUGUCACUGUUUUAUGUGUUGUCUGUGAAGUAUUUUGCUUGAUUAAAAACUGAAUAUG